AUGGAAGGUGUGAUUAAACCUACAAAGUCUUCAUCUAACAUAUCGGAAAUCGUGUCGAAAUUUGCUAAAGUUUGUAAGUUUAGGUCUAUUGGAGUGUUUUCAUCUGAAAACCCUAAUCAUUUACAGUUACAGAACCAUAAGUUCUGUAAUGAUGUGAAAGAGUUGGUUGAUGUGGUUGGAAAUGUUGAUUCUGAUUGCGCAAAAGUUGUUGUUCCCGAUGCGAUUGAAGUGUGUAGUAAAGGUAAUUGGUCGGGUCAUGAUGAGAUCUCGAAGCUGUUCGAUGUAAUGUCUGAACUAAAGUUGGCGUAUGUUCAGCUUCAAGAAGCGCAUAUUCCGUAUGACCCGGAUAAGAUUAGAACGGCUGACGAGCUUGUGUUAUCGAAUCUUGAUAAAUUAUGUAAGGUUAGGCGUGCAUUUAAGGAGAAGCAGUUUCAGAAAUCGAACUCGCUUUCUGCGUGUUUAAAUGUUCUACGAGCGGAAAUUAAGGCUCAGGAGAGAUUGUUAGAAAGGUUAAAGGCGCAAGCGAAGAAGAAAGAUGUUGAAAUAAGCUAUUUGAAAAGAGAGUUUCAGGAUUUGGAUGGGAAAAACAAGUUGUUAGUGGAAGAAAUUAAGCGUAGAGAAAGAGAAGCUAUAAAGCGGUUGAAUUUGUCUUCUGUUGACAACGUUGUUAAGGAGGUUUCAAAGGGUAUUCAUGAUUUUGCUAAACCGUUGAUUGCGUUAAUGAAGGCUUCUGGAUGGGAUCUAGAUGAAGCUGCAAAUUCGAUCCAAGAUUCGGUUGUGUACUCGGUUAGAUCUCAUAAGAAAUACGCGUUCGAAGCUUACAUUUCAAGGAGAAUGUUCUAUGGAUUUUCUAUGAAAUCCCAAAAUGCUGAUGAUGUUUUGAAGUUUAACGAUCCUGUUGAUGUUCUAACAGAAGACCCAAACGGUAACUUUGCUGAAUUCUGCAGAACCAAGUAUUUAUUAAUAGUUCAUCCAAGAAUCGAAGCUUCGUUUUUCGGAAAUCUUGACCAGAGGAACUUUGUGUCUAGUGGAAAGCAUCCGAUAACACCGUUUUACCAAUUAUUUGUCAAAAUGGCGAGGUGGGUUUGGCUUCUUCAGGGUAUUGCGGCUUCAGAUCCAGAAAGUGAAAUGUUUGCAGUGAAUCGUGGAACCGAAUUCUCUGAUGAUUAUAUGGAGAGUAUUGAGGGAUUGUCAGAUGAGCAACGUGGAAGGUAUAAAGUUGAGUUGAUGAUCAUGCCUGGAUUUAGAAUCGGGGAUAAAUUAUUCAAAUCUCGAGUUUAUCUUUCGAAACUCGACUACGCUUCCUAA